UAUAAGCCCUCUAGACCCCAAACUCGUUGCCAUCUCCUUCCCCCCAUAUUGACAAACUCUCGAGACCCCCCGACGUCAAUGCAAUUCAAAAGUUCCAUCUUCAUCAUCCUCGCCAGCUUUGUCGCGGCGAGCCAGCAAGCCUCUUGCCACAUGGGCUCCCCGGCACAACCGAGCCUCGACCAGCAAUCUAUGCACAGCUGUUUGACCGGUUACCGCACUGAUAAUUGGGACGGCAUGGACUGUGGUGGACGCACCUGGUAUAAGGGUGAGAUGAACGGCUGGAAGACCCCACAGACAUGCUACGACGCCUGCGCGACGUGUAUUUCGGAGGCUAUCGACAAUAAUGUCGACGAAGUGCAGUGUGACCAGUGGGUGGGGAUCAUAGAGUGCUGGAUUGGCUUUAACUGAGCCGUCCUAGUCUACCUUUGUUAGAUGGAAACCUAUCCUUAACCUCGAACUAGCUUUUUAUGUCCUCUUCGACCCAAUCCAAUGGUUCCAACACAAAACCGAAAC